AUGGUUUCGCAGUGGAAUACCGAUAUCCUUCGACGCAUUUUUCUCCCGACCACAUCGGAUGAAUACGUCCAUUCCCAAGCGAGUCGUUUCUUCUCCGCAUUAACUCCAUCGCUGAUUAGUAGAAAGGAUGAGUAUAAUAAGACGUUCAAGGCUACGUUGGAAGAAAAACGUGCCUAUUUAAAGAAGAUAGAGGGUAUUCUGGAAAAGGCUGAACGCGUAAAACAACGCACUCUGGAACAACAAACUCAGGACGAAAUGGCUCUGAUCAGUGCUUUAUGCGACAACAUUGAAAAAUGCAAAGUUCUGAGCGCACAUAUAGAAGAAGUUAAAGAAAACAUUGCGGAUUACGAAAACCUUCUGAACUGCCAGACAACAUUGGAUAUGACGGGAUUUUAUGAAUUACGUGACUGGGCAAAGGCCAUGUCUGACGUGUACUCCAAUCUGGCAUCCGGUCUGAUUACGAUCUCUCUCGCUGGGGCAGCUAUAGUCUACUCUACAAUAUUCGGUGCUGCCCGCGGAAACGUCGGACUCAUGGUGUUCUCGUUUUCUCUGUUUAGCGUCGGUUUCAUAAUACCAGCGCUUACUCAACUUGGGCUCUCCUGGGCGCAAUGGAGUCGUUCCAGAGUCCCAUUCGCCAGUCAGACCUUUUGGCGAAUUGUGCUCGGCGCUUUCAUGGCACUUUCUGUUCUAGCUGUUGGGUCGGCCAUCGUAAUACUCAAUAUCACAGUAUUUGACCUUGGGAGGAACACCAACGUCUUGACGGAUAGUAUUCCAAGGAGCGCGUCAAUCGUUGUCUUUGCUUUCUCUGGACUUUUGGUUUUGAUAUUUCUGCUGUCGAUGAUAUUAUCCGUGAUUGCUCGUGGUCCAGAAAAAUUCUUUCUUGGAGAAACCCGUGUGGCUAGGCCGGAAAAAGGUCAGCAGCUGAGGGACUUCGAUCUUGACAAAGGCAUUUGGUGGAGUGGUUCUCAUGGUAAUACAUCUCAGAAUGCUUAG